AUGAAGAUUUCACUCCCAUUUUUGGUUGGCGUAGUCUCAGCAGUAUUAGUUCCGAGACCGGGCGGAACGUCUGGUUUGGUGUUGGAUAGGAGAUUGACAAACUCAUCAUCUACGAACUCCACCAAUUCAACUUCGCUGAACUCUACUUCCUCGAAUUCUCAAGAAACUGUUCCAAUUGAGCUCACCUGGGGUAUUACUCAGGUUCCCAACGUACUCAAUGAAACUGCAGUGGACGCUAAUGCAGUUGCCCCAGGAUACUUAUUGGUCAAUGUGACUAGAAAUGCUUGUGGUGUUACUGGAAUUUUGAAAUUGAUCAAGGAAUCCAACAUUUACGGCUACGAUUUUGACUACUUGCGCUUCAAUGCUCUGUAUCAGGCUGACACAAGGUUAUCAGUGCACAUCGAGCCCACCACGCCAGAUGAUGUAUUUGUUCUUCCUAGUGAUUGGGUUAAAAAGCCGGGAAAUGAAAAUGGAAACGAAUCGUGUACUAAUUUCGCCAAGCAAGACUUACUGUUCAGACACUCCAGAGUCAAUGAAUCGUUCUGGUUUGAAGUAGUGAGACUUUCAACCUCUGAUGUUAUCUUCUCCACUAAGAACAACCCAUUGGUCUUUGCUAAUCAGUUUGUACAAUUCAACACCUCUCUUCCUCUUGGACAUGUCAUCACAGGCUUGGGUGAGGCCAUCCAUGGUUUCACCAAUCCUCCAGGAACAGUAAGAACUCUCUAUGCCAACGAUGUGGGAGACCCUAUCGAUGGAAACAUUUACGGUGUUCAUCCAUUCUACAUUGAUCAACGAUACUCAAUUCAAAGCAAAACACCUGACGCUAAUGCCACCUUUAACUUCACAGCCUACCCAGGAGUCAAUGGAACCAAGGUUCUCACUGGCUACAAUGGAACCAGCAUCAACACCACGAAUGCAACCUACACGUAUAACAGCACGUUUUACCAGGGUUCCAACCAGGUGAAUUCUUCAUGGGCCCAUGGUGUCUGGUGGAGAACUGCUGCUCCUCAGGAGGUUAUCAUUGAAGAAGAGUCCCUCACUUGGAGAUCUCUCAAUGGAGUGAUUGAUUUGUACUUUUUCCUGGGACCCACGCCUAAAGACGUGAUUCAGCAAUACGUUGCAGAAAUUGGACUUCCAGCCUUGCAGCCAUACUGGGCUUUUGGUUACCACCAAUGUAGAUGGGGAUACAGCGAUGUGGAUGAACUUGCAGAGGUGGUUGAUUUGUUCAAAGCUGGUGGGCUUCAGCUUGAAACCAUUUGGUCCGACAUUGACUACAUGGACUCUUAUAAGGAUUUCACAACCGACCCUCAUAGGUUUCCUGAAGAUGAUUUCAGAGACUUUUUGGACGAGUUACAUGAUAAUCACCAGCAUUAUGUUCCUAUUGUUGAUGCUGCCAUCUACCACCCCAACCCUAACAACAAGACCGACGACAACUACACAACAUUCCAUGAAGGAAUGGACCAAGAUAUUUUCUUGAAGAAUCCAGAUGGCUCCUUGUACAUUGGAGCAGUGUGGCCAGGAUACACCGUGUUCCCCGACUUCUUGGCCAAGAACAUCACUGAGUACUGGAACGACCAGUUUCUCAAUUGGUUUGAAAAGGUUCCAUUCGAUGGUAUCUGGUUGGAUAUGAACGAGGUUUCUUCUUUCUGUGUUGGAUCUUGUGGAACCGGCCGUAUUGACACUAAUCCAGUACACCCUCCAUUUGCUGUUGGCAACAAGCAGACAGAAUUCCCUGAAGGCUUUGAGAACAGUAACAGUUCGCAAUAUUCGUCUAUGGAAGCAUACAUUUCGUCCCUUAGUGCAGCCUCCGCUUCAUCUUCUGUCAGCAGUGUACCAAGUGGAAACUCAACGGUUGCUAAUUCCGGUAAUGUAACCACUACCACCACCACUAUCACCGUCGCCAGCACCACUUACGUCAACUACACUGCUUCAAAGUAUUAUAACACAUUGGAAACUGGUGUGGGAAACAUCAAUUAUCCACCAUAUGUUAUCAACAACGCACAAGAGGGCAACGGCUUGGAAGUCCAUGCUGUUUCUCCAAAUGCUACUCAUCAAGAUGGAACUAUCGAGUACAACAUCCAUAACUUGUACGGACUCAUGCAAACGAAGGCAACCUACCACGCCCUUACUAAGGUGUUCCCUAAUAAGCGGCCAUUUAUCAUUUCCAGAUCCACUUAUUCUGGAUCUGGAAACUAUACUGGCCAUUGGGGUGGAGACAAUGCCUCGAAAUGGGCAUAUGCGUACUUUUCCAUUCCACAAGCUUUAACCAUGGGUAUGCUUGGAUUACCAUUCUUUGGAGUCGAUGUCUGCGGCUUCAACGGAAAUUCGGACUUGGAAUUGUGUUCCAGAUGGAUGCAGCUAGGCUCUUUCUUCCCAUUCUACCGUAACCAUAAUGUUUUGGGAGCUCUUCCUCAGGAGCCAUACGUUUGGGACGAGGUGUUGAGAGCUUCCAAAAUCACCAUGGACAUCAGAUAUUCACUUCUUCCAUACUAUUACACCUUGAUGUAUGUUGCUCACCAGACUGGCUUGCCCGUAUUGAGAGCAUUGCUGUGGGAAUUCCCAGAUGACCCUAAGCUCGCGGAUGUUUCUACUCAGUUCUUCGUUGGAGAAGCACUUAUUGUCACUCCUGUGUUGGAGCCAAAUGUGACAAGUGUUAAGGGAACAUUCCCAGGUUCUGGAUCUAAGGAGGUGUACUACGACUGGUACACUCACCAAGAGCAAGAGUUUGAGGAUGGCAAGAAUGAGACAUUGAAGGCACCUUUAGGUCACAUUCCACUUCACAUCAGAGGAGGUAAUGUGCUUCCAAUGCAAGAGCCCAAGAUGACAACUGCUGAGUGCCGUAACAGCUCUUGGUCACUUUUGGUGGCUUUGGAUCUCGAUGAGUCUGCACUGGGAAAGCUUUAUGUUGACGAUGGUGAAUCUUUGGAUCCAGAAUCGCUCUUUGUGGACUUCUCUGCCUUGAGCGGACAGUUGUCUGCCACAUCCUAUGGAGAGUACAACGUAACUCAGCCUUUGGCUAACAUUACCAUCUUAGGAGUUCUUGAUGAGCCAUCAGAUGUUCAAUUCAACGAUGAAGCGGUUGAUUUCAAAUUCACAAACAAUACCAUCUACAUCACGAACUUGGAGGACCAGACCAAAGACGGUGCAUUCGCUAACGACUUCAGUCUUACUUGGGAGUAA